AUGAACGUCUGGAAGUCAGUCCUACUAAAUAGGAGUGGUCGACCUAUCCUAGAGGAGGGAGAGCAUAACCUCUACGUAAGGGAAGACAUAGGGCUCUAUCAGGGGAAACUGAAAGUCAUCAAUCGUCAGAAUGGCCGCGUAUAUAUAACGAAUCAGCGAAUCAUUUAUGUAGACAGCGAAACAUUAGAUAAUAGUUUGUGUGUAUUGAUUAAAGAAAUUGUUAAGUUGGAGUCUUCUGAGGGAUUCCUAAGAUCUUCUCCGAAGGUCAAGUUAUUUUUCAAGAAUAAAAAAGGUGGUGAAGUCGAUAACUCAGAGAGUUCUUCGAUCUCUGUUUCAACAUCAUCAAACAUUGCUAACGAAAGAUGGAUAUGUAUGAUCUGUACGUUUAGCAAUAUUGGAACUGCUAGCGUAUGUGCAUCCUGCGGGAUACGAAAGAUGGAAUUGAAGGCACUCCUGAGUCAACUGACUGGGCAGCUGGCACCCCCAGCUAAGGAUCAAAUUAUAGAAGACACUGCCACUGUCGCCCAGGAAGGGCCAAAGCUGCUGAUCAAUGCUUCUUCUUCUUCUUCUUUCAAGUUGAAUGCCUGCCCCGCUUGUACAUUUUUAAAUCAUUCAUCAAUGAAGUACUGCGAAAUAUGUGGAACUGAACUUCCUAAGUCAUCCAAUGUAACUUCAACAUCAUCGGUUUCCACCGCCAUGCAAGCAACCUACUCAGUGGCAUCGCCCUCUAAUGGUUCUUCCUCUUCACUUCCAAUUAACUUGCAAUUAGAAGACUCUAAAGAUAUGGAUACACCUUACAUUAAAUUUAGUUUCAGAAAAGGCGGAGAAGAAAAAUUUCGCCAAAUCUUAGAUGAACAACUUGAGCUACUUAAGUGGGAACAACUAGUAUUCAAAGGAAACAUUAACAAGAACGGGACAAAAUUGAACGAUGAUAUAUAUUUACAACAGGAAUCAAAUAAUAGUAAUAAUAAUAGUAGUAUUACUAAUAAUGGCAUUAAAAGCAAUGGGCUGAACCUGAAUUUUAAUAAAAGCAACAUUGGUAUUCAUGGGCUAGAACAGAUUGGAGAGCAACAGAGAAAGUUGAACGAGCUUGUUUUGACAUCAUCUUUGGAAGACUUAGAGCAGCUCAUGUACAAGGCCAAGGAUCUCAUAAAACUUUCUGCUUCAUUCUCCAACAUAGUCAAGCCUAUACCAGUCACUGAGCAACUUAUCCCUCCAUUGAAUAUCACCAAAACUUCAAAAUUGUUCCAUAGAGAGCUCUCGCGGAACAUCUCAGAAUACUUGCAUACCAUAACGUUGACAAAAACAUCGUCCAUGAUUACAUUACAGGAUUUAUUCGCGCAUUACAAUAGAUAUCUAUCGUCAACACAAGGUUUUGGAACAGAAUUAAUACUGGAUGUUGAUUUAAGCAAGGCAAUCGAGUUGUUCAACGAACUUAAAUUACCCUUCAAAAAGAAGAAAUACGAUAAAUCUGGAUUAGUGGUAAUUACUCCGAAUUUAACUAAUGACUAUUCCAAAUUGAUUAAAGAGUACAUCGAGAAAGAGAAACAGAAAUUCGAAGACCAAAGACGAUCAUUUGAAAACUUUAAGAUCGAGGGUAUUGACGAAUUCGUAGAAGGAAGUGACAUUGAGUAUUUCAAAGGUAAAUCCGUUUCCGAAAUUGCAGAGUCAUUUAGCUGGUCUUAUUCCAUUGCAGAGGAAGAAAUUGAAACAUGUGUGAGUAAUGGAACAUUGGUAAUUGACCAAAAUAUCACUGGAACUUAUUAUUUUCUCAAUGAAUUCUGA